AUGCGGGAGGACAGUCGCGGAACGCGUAUCAAAGCCAACUGGGGAGCAACUGUACUCUGCCCCGUGACCGCGCCCCCGCCCUCACCCUCGCCCUCACCCUCACCCUCGCCAUCGCCCUCGCCCUUCCCUCCAAACGAGGUCAAAGACGCGAAAAAAUCUGCUGAAGAGAAGCGGGAAAAUAUUUGGAAAAAUAAUAUGCGAUACGAAGAGGUGGAGAAAAAGCACGACGAAUUAUUCGUUUUUUACAAUGAAGCAAAAGAAAAGAUAUGUCGACUCGACGAAAAAAUAAAGGAAAACGCGAGAGAAAAGGUAUCCUUCGAAAGGAGAACUCGCGAAUUAGCAAAUUUGUUGGAAACUUUAGAGCACUUCGAUCUCGACGUUAAAACCUUGUGUCGCCUUACCGCAGAAGCCGUGGCAAAUUUAACCAAAGUCGAACCACACUUCGAACAAGCUGUAAAGAAACUGAGACAGUUUACUUGGAAAGUCAAUGAGAGAGAGUGCGAUAACGAAACAGACAAAUUGAAGUCUCAAAAUUUAGUACUGCGAGAAAUUAUCAAGAGUCUCAAGAGAAAGACUCGGAACGAUUUAAGCAAAAGUACCGAUGAGAGCUCGCAAAAAAACAACGACAUACAAAAUCUUACAAAUGAUUUUAAAAGGAAGCAAACAGUUACAAACGAUUUGACAAAAUGUAAAAAAUGUUCUUCAACGAGAUGUAAUCUUGAAAAUAAGGACAUCGUGUCCAAAAGCGUUGAUAAAAAAGUCCUCUGCAUUGAAUCACAUAAAAAUGGAAUUUUUUAUGAUGAAUAUGUGAUCGGAUUCUCAAACACUCGGCAAAUGAAAAUCAAACAUUCGCCUAUGACUAGUACAAAGGUGGCACACUUAAAAUUGGAAAUUUUCGAUUGCGAGGAGAAAUAUCAUGAAAGUUCGCCAGAUAAAGUUGUAAUACUCUUAAAAAAUCUUUCAACGUCCAUUAAAAUCGAACGUAACGGUAUUAACUGUGCCACUCAAACUGUGUUAACACGAAAACGUGAUAAUUAUACGCAAACUUCGAUCACUCAAAUACGCGAUUUUCUACGAUUAAACGUUGGCCAUACGGUAUGUACUCGAUCAUUUUCUUAUAAAAUGAAUAUCAUUUUUCUACAAAAAGUUUCAUCGAUCAAACAGAUGUUAAAUAGCGAAAAACGUGCCAUCGAAAGGAAUUUAUCAAAUUUGGAACAAACCGUAGACCGUUUAAAAUAUAAUACGUUACAUCAUGCAAGAUCUAUGAUCGAGAACAAAUCAAAGUGUUUGAGAAAGGAGGAAAUUUUGGAAUGCAUCGAACGUUUAACUGGAGGAUAA